AUGCACUGUCGUAACGAGGAAGUCCGCCAGAUUAUCAAGCCACAUGAGCUGGUGCGGGUAGCCAUUGCCGGCAACAAGUACGACUGCUUCGCCGCGCUCUCGUUGGCUAUCCCCGUCUGGUUCCAUCACACCCAUAUCGUCUACCGUGCUAUCGAAAUGUGGGAACUGGCUCUGGCGGCAUGCCUGUUCAACGAACGGAGGGCCUUUGCCGAGACAACAGCUGCACUUAUAUUCCAUACGGAGUCCGGAUCCUACCUCGAGCUCGCCAAGAAGUAUGAGGAAAUAAUUGACCCCAUACUGCUCCGGAACAUUGCAUUGAAGCUGGCAGAAGAGCGGAGCAGGCUGCAAAUAAAAGUGUUAAUGCACGUGUCGCGUACCUGCUCCUACGCCUCAGUCUUCUUUAGGAACCGGACUUGGGCAGACCAGGUCAUUUUCGAGCUGUCGGCCACUCGCAGGCCCGGCAGUGCAGUUGCCGGCCGCCCCCGACCCGCCGCCCUCAAAAUAGCCGCCGUCCUGCCCACCAGAGGACCACCGGCUUGUUGUCGGUCCGAUUAUUCGGCGCAAGACGAACCCAGACAAGCAAGGCCGGCCUACGAGAGUCGAGCUGUACUGUGGCCGCGCCCGAUCCCGGCCUUCUCGAGGCCAAGGCAUACGAAGUACGACAACCCACAAGACCUCAGCAUGUACCUGGAAAGCCGUAUGCCAAGCACUUCUAGACAACAACCGCCGUUGGACCACGAGCAACAAGCAUACAUCUUCGAGCUAUUUGAUAUUCCCGGUCUCCGCAACCGCUCUAUCAUCGACCGGUUGCUCGUCAAGUGGCCCAGCAUUGCAUUUGUCCAGAAAGACAUCGAGAACAUGAGGGCAAGGCACAACAAGAAGCGGCUCGGCGGUUAUACACCUACCUAG